AUGCCUCUCAAUGAUGACCAGAACAGUGAUUCAGAUUCUUCACGCCUCUCUGAAAGCACAGCUUCUUCUAGCGACUCUGAAUAUUCAAGACAGAGCUUUAACAGCGAUUCUUCAAGCAAACCCAGUUCCCCAGCAUCAGCAAGCCCUCCCAAGGUUAUUACAUUUGAUGAACUGAUGGCAGCUGCAAGAAAUUUGACAGACUUGACUCUAGCUCAUGAAAUUGCUGUAAAUGCAAAUUUUUGCAUAAAACAUGAAGACUUCCCACAGAACAGUUUUGCAGGCACAGUGAAACAAAUUGUACACAAGGCAUUUUGGGAUCAUUUGGAAUCAGAACUGAAUGAAGAUCCUCCAGAAUAUGAACAUGCUAUCAAGCUCUUUGAGGAAAUUAAGGAGAUUCUUCUUUCCUUCCUGACUCCUGGAGCAAACAGGAUUCGAAAUCAAAUUUGUGAAGUUCUAGAUUCGGAUCUUAUAAGACAACAGGCAGAGCAUAAUGCUGUUGAUAUUCAUGGGCUAGCUAACUAUAUCAUCAACACUAUGGGAAAAUUAUGUGCUCCAGUAAGAGACAACGAUAUAAAACAGUUAAAAGCAACUGACAAUAUCGUAGAAUUACUGAGACAAAUAUUCCGUGUUUUGGACCUGAUGAAAGUGGAUAUGGCUAAUUACACAAUUCAAAACCUUAGGCCAUACCUUCAGCGUAAUUUGGUGGACUACGAAAGAACAAAAUUCCAGGAAAUUCUUGAGGAAACACCAAGUGCCCUGGAUCUCACAACAGAAUGGAUAAAGGAAUCAAUAGAAGAUGAAUUGUCAUCUGUUGCUGAUGAAUCUUCAUCAUCCCCUGGUGCUGACAGUUCUAAACCAAUUAUUAGUCCUACACUGGUGCUAAACAACGGCUACUUGAAACUGUUACAAUGGGAUUAUCGCAAAACAAUUCCAGAGACUCUAAUAACAGAUGAAGUUCGUCUUCAGGAGUUGAGAGAAAAGCUCAAUCAAUUAAAAAUCAUAGCUUGUGUUUGUCUCAUAACAAACAAUAUGGUGGGUGCAGCAAUUGUAGAUGUGCCUGACUUUGCUGAACAACUGAAAAGGAUCUCUGUUCCUCUUCUUGAAGGCAUGAACAAGAAAAAUUUUGAUCUGAAGGAGGCUCUGAAUGCUAUUGGUGUCCAGAUUUGCAGCGAAGUGAACAGGUCUCUAACUGAAAGAGGUCUUCCCACUCUUAAUGAAGAAAUGCAGAGUAAUUUAAUUGGUCAGAUUGCUCAUAUUGUUGAGGAGAAUAAUCCCAUCAGUUCUUUGAUUGACAAACGAAUCCAGUUCUUCAUGAGAAGCUUGCUUGCUCUUCUUCAGAAGUGUAUGCCUACUAUGCCAGGAGGCCUUUCUGUGAUUCAGACGGAGAUGGAGUUUGUUGGAUCUCAGUAUGCAAGCAUUGUAAACUUUAAUAAACAAGUGUAUGGACCAUUCUAUGCAAACAUACUUAGAAAACUACUUUUUCCUGAAGCCCUAAUGGGGAAAGCAGAAACAGAAACACCUGCCAAUUAA